AAAGCUCAGAAUACAACGAACAGAGCUCUCAGGACCUUCCGCAAGCUCAACCCAACCCUCUCCGAGAGGAAGAUCACGAUCGGAUUCUGUAUUAGGCAAUUCAGAACAAUGGCACCACCGAAGGAGAACGCUACUAGGGGACGAGCAGCCCAUGCCACAUUCCAAGAUAGGAAGCGUGACUAUGGCUGGGACUCGCAAAACGAGGAGAGCCAGCCCCAGCAGAAA